AUGAGAAUUUGGAAGAAGCUCCGGUGGUCUACAUCUAGUAAGCGCCACACUGCAUCAGGAAAACACCCCGCUGUCGAUUCAGAUUCGGCUUUUGAUCGGCCGCCACCUUCCACCUUGGACGAUUUGACCAUCCGAUCACUAGGCGGGACUACAGCAGCACUCAGUCGCAGCCCCGAAGUUCUCAAGGAAAGGAAGAGCAAAAUCCGGAUCCAGCGUGGCGAGCAUUUGACGCCAAGUCAGAUGAUGCAGGAGGUAGAGCAAUUAACGCGAGAGAAUGGUGCUUUACGCAGGGAAAUUGACUACUUGCAACGCCGUUUAGGAAUUCUCGAGCCACUAUUACCAAAGAUUUACUUUCUGGGAAACAUGCUUAGAUCCGUCGCGGGUGAUGCGGAGUUAGUUAAAGGCGAGAGCUCCGACGGUCCCCCGAAGCGCAGCGAGGCGAGUCAGUCGCCACUUAAGCAGAAGUUCGAUGAAAGGUCUGGCCCAGGUACUGCUGGCUAG